UUGCCUCAUCAGUGGUGAAAUUAAGUGAGCAUUGAAAAUGUCGGCAAUCGGUAUUGAUCUGGGCACCACGUACUCUUGCGUGGGAGUGUUCCAGCAUGGCAAGGUGGAAAUUAUUGCAAACGACCAAGGCAAUCGAACAACUCCCAGCUACGUGGCCUUUUCUGACUCGGAGCGGUUGAUUGGUGAUGCUGCAAAGAACCAGGUUGCGAUGAACCCCCGAAACACGGUGUUUGAUGCAAAACGACUGAUUGGCCGUAAAUUCGACGAUCCAAAAAUUCAAGCCGAUAUCAAACACUGGCCAUUCACGGUAGUCAACGAUGGCAGCAAACCAAAGAUCGAAAUUGAGUUCAAAGGCGAAAGGAAACGCUUUGCUCCGGAAGAAAUCAGUUCAAUGGUGCUGACUAAGAUGAAGGAAACGGCCGAAGCUUACCUGGGUAAAAGUGUGCGGAAUGCGGUCAUCACAGUACCAGCGUAUUUCAACGAUUCGCAAAGACAAGCAACAAAAGAUGCGGGAGCGAUCGCCGGUUUGAACGUCAUGAGAAUCAUCAAUGAACCGACGGCAGCUGCAUUGGCCUACGGUUUAGACAAGAAUCUGAAAGGAGAACGAAAUGUUUUGAUUUUCGACCUGGGUGGUAGUACAUUUGAUGUGUCCAUCCUGACUAUCGAUGAAGGUUCGCUGUUUGAAGUGCGAUCUACUGCCGGUGAUACUCAUCUGGGAGGAGAGGACUUCGAUAAUCGAAUGGUUUCACACUUCAUCGAAGAAUUCAAACGUAAAUUCAAAAAAGAUCUUUCGGCAAAUCCACGUGCAUUGCGGCGUUUGAGGACGGCGUGCGAACGAGCUAAACGUACAUUGUCAUCGAGCACUGAGGCUACAAUCGAAAUCGAUGCCUUGUAUGAUGGAAUCGAUUACUACACGAAAAUAUCCCGAGCACGAUUUGAGGAAUUGUGCUCUGAUUUGUUCCGAUCGACACUACAACCAGUCGAACGAGCUCUGUCAGAUGCCAAGAUGGACAAAAGUUCAAUCCACGACAUUGUUCUGGUUGGAGGUUCAACUCGCAUUCCAAAGGUCCAGUCGUUACUGCAGAACUUCUUCUGUGGAAAAUCAUUGAAUCUAUCCAUCAAUCCGGAUGAAGCUGUGGCAUACGGUGCUUCGAUUCAGGCUGCCAUUCUCAACGGUGACAAGGAUGAGAAAAUCCAGGAUGUCCUACUAGUUGAUGUCGCUCCACUCUCGUUGGGAAUUGGAGGAGGUGUGAUGACUAAACUAAUUGAACGCAACAGUCGCAUUCCAUGCAAGCAAACGCAGACAUUCUCGACAUACGCGGAUAACCAACCCGGAGUUUCGAUUCAGGUGUAUGAAGGAGAACGAGCAAUGACCAAAGACAACAAUCGCCUAGGACUGUUUGAUUUGUCAGGAAUUCCACCAGCUCCCAGAGGUGUUCCACAAAUUGAAGUCACAUUCGAUUUGGAUGCCAACGGAAUUCUGAACGUGUCAGCGAAGGAAAUGAGUAGUGGCAAGGUGAAAAACAUCACGAUCAAGAAUGACAAAGGUCGUCUCAGUCAGGCAGAUAUCGAUCGAAUGGUGUCGGAAGCUGAAAAGUUCCGCGAGGAAGAUGAAAAACAGCGAGAACGAGUUGCCGCAAGAAAUCAGCUCGAAGGUUAUUGCUUCCAGCUGAAACAAUCGUUGGAUUCGGCUGGUGAAAAAUUAAGUGAAGCUGACAAAAGCACCGUUCGAGACAAAUGCGAUGAAACGCUUCGAUGGCUUGAUGGAAAUACGAUGGCCGAGAAGGACGAGUUUGAGCACAAAAUGCAGGAGUUGAGCCGAGUUUGUAGUCUUAUCAUGACACGAUUGCAUCAGGGUGCUGCCGGUGCUGGUCCAGUGCCACCCAACUGUGGACAGCAGGCUGGUGGAUUUGGUGGACGAACGGGACCCACAGUCGAGGAAGUUGAUUAAAUCGUUUUAGAUUGUUGAUCAUUAUUGUUACGUUUUAGAUUAGUUCCAAACAAGGCUGAUAGUUUAAGGAAUGAUUGAGUCGUGUGAUGAAAUGUAUGAAUUCCUUCUUGUACAGA